UAAAUUUGCAAUUUGCAAGGGGCCAAUGGCAAAUGCAAUCUGCAACAGUGCAAGCCUGUGCAAGGGUCGAAAUGCAAGCAGCCAAAGGCACAGACGGCUGGCACAUAUACCAGGUAGAUUGAUCAGGUAUGGUUACAAUCUGCACGGCUUCUGCGAAAAGAAACAUAGAGAAGAGUUAAACGGAUGCGCAGUUGAAUCUGCCAAGUGUCGUGUGACUGGGGUGAGCAGGACCGCUGCACUGGCCCUCUAGGGCGGUUGCUCUCAGCGGGCCAUGGCAUCGGCACGAAGAUCCUUCACACCAAGCCCGGAUGGCGCUGGGCCCUCUGCCACCCCCCCCCGCCGCCGUGAGCGCGAUCGGCCUGCCCGCUCCUCGCGCACGUCCUCCACCGGCUCUCUGCCCCUCCUGCUCGAUGCGGCAGACUUCAAGGGCACCUUCUCGUUUGACGCCUUCUUCUCCAGCCUGGUGGGCGACAUCCUGCCCCCCCUGCCCCCCGACUCCGCCGAAGGUGCCCUGGACGGCGCAGCUCCUCCUGGGGCAGGGGGGGACGCGGGGGUCAGCUCGGUGCGCGCACCUUCGGGCCCUGCGUUUGCAGAGGCGGAAGCGCUGCUGCCGGUGUUCAAGGACGCGCGCAAGGAGCUGCUGGAGCUUAAGGGGCAGGUGAGUGAGCGCGUGGCGCGGCUGGCGGGCGAGGUGUCUGCGCGGGAAGCGGCGCAGGCGGCGUCGCUGGCGGGGCUGGAGGCGGGGGUGGGCGCGCUGUUCAGCAGCUUCUCGCGGCUGGACAACCGCAUUGCCGGGGUGGGCCAGACGGCGGCGCGCAUCGGGGACCACCUGCAGGCGGCGGACGCACAGAAGGACACCGCGCUGCAGACCAUCGACCUCAUCCGCUACCUGCAGGAGUUCAACGAGUGCCUCCCCGGCGACUUCAAUGACCUGGACCCGCUCUUCACCGACGACGCGCGCGUUGGCGAGGCCGCCACUGUCGCACAGAAGCUGCGCACAUUCGCUGAGGAGCAGACGGGGGGGUCCGCCGCCGGGGGUGGGAAGCCCCCUCCGUCCGCGGGGAGCGGCCUGGAGGCGGCGGUGGGCAAUCUGCAGGAGUACUGUAAUGAGCUGGAGAACCGGUUGCUGGUGCGCUUUGACGUGGCGGCCGCGCGGCGCGAGCUGCCGGCCAUGCGCGAGUGGGCGACGGUGCUGGGCCAGUUCAACCGCGGGAGCAGCGCCAUGCAGCGCUACGUGGCCAGCCGGCCCAUGUUCAUGGACGUCGACGUCAUGGCCGCCGACGUGCGCACCGCCACCGGGGGCGGAGACGGCGGCGCGCCCGCGCGGGGCCUGGCCGUGCUGUACGCGGACAUCGUGGAGACGGUCAAGAAGGAGGCCGCCACCGUGGAGGCCGUCUUCCCCAACCCGCGGGCCGUCAUGGCGCUGCUCGUGCAGCGCAUCCUGGAGCAGCGCGUGGUGCGUGUUCUGGACGCCCUGCUGCAGCCGCCCCCCUUGCCGCGCCACUCCGGCAGCGGUCCCCCCACCGGCGCAGCGGAGGGCACGCUGGGCUACCUGCGCACGCUGGCGGCCGCGUACGAGCGCACGCAGGAGCUGGCGGGGCAGUUGACGCGCGUCGGAUGUGGCGAUCUGGACUGUGAGGCGUUGGCAGACAGUUUGUUCAGCACGGCUCGCGACGACUAUCUGGAGCACGAGCAGGCCAGCCUGGCGCAGCUCCUUGAGGCCAAGAUGGCGGAGGCGCGCGCGGGGGGGGGCGACGGCGCCGUGAAGAAGGGCGGCCCCGGGGCGCUGUCGGUGGGCGUCGUGACGGACAUGCUGCGCUGGAGCGAGGAGGCGGGCAGCCGCUGCCUGCUGCUCACGCGCGACCCGGGCCAGCUCGCGUGGAACGUCAAGCACGUCUUCACCACCACCGUCACGCAGGUGAGCCAGUACUUGCGAGAGGGCCUGGAGCGCGGGCAGGAGACGCUGAGCGACGCGGCGGCCAAGCGCGAGCGCUACAUGAUCGGCACGAGCGUCAGCCGGCGGGUCGCGGCCGCAGCGGCGUCCGCGGCAGAGGCGGCGGCGAAUGCGGGGGAGAGCAGCGUGCGCGCGUUCAUGGUGGCGGUGCAGCGCGCGACCAUGGGGGUGGCGCUCCUGCAGCAGCACUACGUCACCAGCGUCGCGCGGCUCGUGCUGCCGGGGGAGGGCGAUGCCGCGGCCUGCAGCCAGGCCAUGUCUUCUGCGGUGGCGAGUGCAGAGGCUGCCGCGCUGGCGGGCCUGGGCGCGUGCGUGGACACGAUCCUGGCGGAGGUGGAGCGGCUGCUGGCCGCGGAGCAGAAGCCGAGCGACUUCCGGCCGACGGCGGACGGCGCGCUGCCGGACCACCGCCCGACGGCGGCGUGCGUGCGCGUGGUGCAGUAUCUGGCGCGCAUCGCGGAGGCGGUGCAGGGCGCGCUCGAGGGGCUCAACAAGCAGAGCUUCCUCGCCAAGCUGGGGAGCCGGCUACACAAGGCGCUGCUGGCCCACAUUGCCCGUUUCACGUUCAACCCCAGCGGCGGCCUGCGGCUGAAGCGCGACAUCUCGGAGUACGCCGACUUCGUGCGCACCUUCAAGGCCCACUCCGUCGACCAGCGCUUUGAGCUUCUCGGCACGCUGGUGAACGUGUUCGUGGUGGCCCCCGCGAGCCUGCCCACGCUCGUGGACGGCAGCCUGCGCAGCAUGCACCGCGAGGCCGAGAGAUACAUACAAUUGCGUGAUGACUACAAAACGGCCAACAUAGCGGCGAAAUUCACAGCAACGCCGGGGUAGUAUGUCAAAGCGGCUCACCCUGGAAGCUUAGCACUUUUAAAGCUACGUUCUAUAUGAGCGUUGCUUCAUUGUUUCACAUGAUGCGUUAAGUUCGACGAAUAGAGCGCGUUGUCUUGUUCCCAGUCGCCGGAGCACAACGUCCGGCUUCAAGCUUGAAGUUGGUGUCAAAAGUAUCCAGUCCUAGUCUAAAUAGUUAGGCGACUCCUUCGAAAUAUGAGAGUCAGAGGGCAAUGACGGUUGGCUUUAACGUGCAAAGCAUUGAACGAGAAGAGUCUGGCAAUAUUGUCAAUGGCACUUCAUUGGGUUACAACUAAUAUAGGUGCGGUCGUGCUGUCGUACUUUCCAGCUGCAACUUGAAGUUUCAGUACAAGUCGUUUGGGUCCCGGUUUGUUCAAUUUGCAAUUGCGAAACUGGCACAUAUGCGUGACAAUGGUUAGUAGCCCGGUCGGGGGAGCUCAGCUGGCACAAAAAUUUUGGGCGCAUGC